AUGGCCAAAAAGAAAGGAAAGGAUACUAGCUAUGAAGAGAUGUACAGUAUGUAUACUGAAUAUCAAAACAAUCCAGAAGAGAUAGAAGAAGAAGAACAAAUCGAAGAUCUAAGUUCAGAUAAAGUUCCAGCUGAAAGUCAAUCACCCACCCCAGAAGAUCAACUGGCCAAUAAACUAGCCAGAUUAACUAUGGCCCGACCAGCUAAGAAACCCACCCAACACUACUCUCUUAAGAAAGAAGAGAAGAAAGAGUCCGAUUAUCGUAGUCCAAUUUGUUGUAUUCUAGGCCAUGCCGAUACGGGUAAAACCAAAAUACUUGAUCGAAUCAGAGAAACUGAAGUCCAACUAGCCGAAGCCGGAGGAAUUACUCAACAGAUUGGAGCUACUUACAUUCCCAUGCAAGAGUUAGAGAAGAAGUACCGUAUAACAGCCCAACACAUUCCAGGUCUCUUAGUUAUAGAUACACCAGGCCAUGAAGCUUUUUCCAACCUAAGAAAUCGCGGGUCUUCUAUGUGCAAUAUUGUUGUUCUAGUAGUUGAUAUUAUGCACGGUCUGGAAUUACAGACUAAAGAGAGUAUUGAGAUUUUAAGGUCCAGAAAGACUCCAUUUAUUAUUGCUUUAAACAAAAUAGAUAGGAUUAAUGGCUGGAAAUCAAGUAAUACUGGUUUUUCAAUCAAAAAGCAAACCAAAGCCGCCCAAAGUGAAUUUAAAGAUCGAUUUGAAAAGAUUGUUUUGGAAUUAGCCGCGGAAGGUCUUAAUACGGCUAUCUUCUUAAAAAACCCUGAUCCUAAAUCUUAUAUUUCAAUUGUACCUACUUCAGCUAUAACUGGAGAAGGAAUUGGCGAUUUGUUAUCUUUACUGGUGAAUUUAGUGGAAACACGUAUGCUUAAACGAGUGAAGUUCGCGGAACAAGUUGAGUGUAUGGUGCUGGAAUCAAGAUCAGAAGAGGGUAAAGCACCUUCUAUCGAUGUUAUCUUAUCAAGUGGAGUUCUUUCAGAAGGAGAUAGUAUUGUAGUUUGUACGCAAAAUGGAGCAGUUGAUACAACUAUUCGCAAACUACUUACUCCCCAUCCCAUGAAGGAGACGCGAGUUAAGUCUAAGUACCAGGAGAAUAAGCAAGUUAAAGCAGCUAUUGGAGUUAGAAUUGUAGCUCCUAAACUAGAAGGAGCUUUAGCUGGGAGUAAAGUUUAUGCCGUACCUAAGGACCAAGUAGCUCAAGUUAAAGCUGAAGCUGAAGAACAGAUAAGAAAUACGAUUAAAAAUCUUGUUUCUGGCAGUUCAUCUAGUACGGGUAGUAUUUUUGAUGCGGUAGGUGAAGAUGGUAUUCAUGCCCAAGCUUCAACUUUAGGAGCACUAGAAGCACUUAUCUCUAUUUUGAAAGAUCAGCAAAUUCCGAUUAGAAGUGUAGGUGUAGGUAGUAUUGCAAAAAAAGAUAUCAUGAAAGUAGCUACUAUCUUAGAAAGAAGGCCGGAAUUUGCUACUAUGCUUUGUUUUGACAUUCAUCCUACGGCUGAAACACUAUCUUUAGCUAAAGAUUUUGGUGUCAAAAUUAUCACGGCUGAGAUUAUCUAUCAUUUAACUGAACGGUACAAGAAACAUAUGGAAGACUUCUGGGCUUCAGCUGAAGAACAACUUAAAGAUAAAGUUGUUUUCCCGUGCAUUCUUUCUAUUGUGCCUGGAUGUGUUUUUACCAAGCGAUCACCAUUAGUGCUAGGAGUUAAAGUCCUAGAAGGAAUUCUCAGACUUGGUACUCCACUUAGUGUUCUACGAGAAGAAGGACCUGUUUUCAUAGGUAAAGUCACCAGUAUUCUGGAAGAUAAAAAAACCGACCCCAAAACAGAUAAGAUCAAACCCGAUUCACGAGCUUCAAUCAAGAUAGAACUACCAGCUACAGCUAAUCCAAUUGUCUUUGGGAAAAAGAUCUUUGAAACCGACGAAAUCAUCAGUCGACUUACUCGAGAGUCUAUUGAUCUGCUCAAGGACAAUUUCAAGGAUGCCCUUUCACAACGCGACUGGCAAGCCGUAAUCACUAUCAAAGAAAGACUUGGCAUUAUCUAA